AUGUCCAAAACUACUAUUGCUAUUAUCGCAGCGACGUCUGCGUUUGCAGGCGCGUCGCUGACGGCCUUCUUGUUUCCUGGCCAGCGAAAAGAUGAGCCCAAACCGACUUCCACUUUGAAGGAGACACCAACACUACCUGCGCCGUCAACUCCUCCCGGUCCCGUCCCAGUCCCUGUACCUGUACCUGUGCCAGUUGCUGUACCGAUCAAACCUCCUACAUCUGCCAUCCUCCCGCCGGUCGACCCUUCUGGUAUCCUUCGUUACGGAUUUCCCGGCCCGAUCGCCGAUACAUUGGCCACACCCUCCCAUCUCUCUGCCUUCAAUAGAUUUACACGGAACCCUCAUUGGGUAGCAGAACAUUUUACUGCACAGUCUCUGCUGCUAAACAAUGGAUCUCGACGAAACAGCGUCUUCUACGAGGACCUGACAAUUCCUCCAAUGUUUCGAGCAAAGCUUUCCGACUACUUUCGGAGUGGGUACGACCGAGGACACCAGGUUCCGGCAGCGGACGCGAAAUGGUCGCAAGAGGCAAUGGAUUCCACAUUCGUCUUGAGCAAUAUGUGCCCACAAGUGGGAGAAGGGUUCAACCGCGACUAUUGGGCUCAUUUCGAGGAAUUCUGCCGCGACCUCGCGAAGAGAUUUCCCAGCGUACGAGUUGUGACUGGCCCCUUAUAUUUGCCGAAGAAAGACGAGCGGGAUGGGAAAUGGAGAGUUUCUUACGAAGUAAUCGGUAAUCCGCCAAACGUUGCCGUGCCCACUCAUUUCUACAAAGUCAUCUUCGCCGAAGAGGCUGCUCAGAACCCCAACGGAUCUGUGGCCCUCGGUGCAUUUGUGCUGCCCAAUGCUGAGAUACCCAACUCCAAGAGUUUGAGUGAUUUCGAGGUUCCUCUUGAAGCAAUCGAGAGAGCCAGCGGACUUGUGUUUGCCGAUAAACUACCACCUGAAAGGAGAAAACGACUUUGCAGGGAAGUCAGAUGUGAGAUAACGGUUCGAGAAUUUGACAAGAGUCGUCAACUGUUGAACAAUGUCGGUCAAACCUCGAGCAGCGCUCAAACGCAACAACCAGGGGGAAAGUGGUAA